UCUCCAGUGCGCCCUGGCGUUGAAAACGAGCGCAGGCCGUAAUACAUCAUGGCGCAGUCCAGACGUAGCCUGAUAACACCAGUCCUUCCGUAUUUUCAUGAAUCCACCGAAACUACUUUUUCACAUCGUAGCACGGUAAACGCUUCAGUGACACCAAUGAGUACUGAAAAAUACCCCAGGUCUUCUAUUGAGGACGACUUCAACUAUGGCACAAAUGUUGCCACAGCCAGUAUCCAAAUACGGAUGGACUUCCUGAGGAAGGUGUACAGCCUCCUGAGCCUGCAGAUCAUUCUGACCACAGCCACCUCUGCUCUCUUCAUGUUCUCCCAAACCAUCAAGGAUUUUGUCCAUGCCAGUCCUGCUGUGGUUUUGGUUUCGGCUCUGGGCUCUCUGGUUCUUCUGCUGGCCCUGGCCGUGUACAGGCACCAACAUCCACUCAACCUCUACCUGCUGCUUGUAUUUACUCUACUCGAGGCUGUUUCUGUGGCCACAGCUUUGACCUUCUAUGAAUACUCCACUGUGCUGCAAGCCUUAUUCCUGACCUGUGCUGUGUUCGCUGGACUGACAGUCUACACCUUCCAGUCCAAGAGAGACUUCAGCAAGCUGGGAGUAGGUCUGUUCACCUGCCUGUGGAUCCUCAUCAUUGCAAGCUUCAUGAGGUUCUUCUUCAACAGCGAGAGUACCGAGCUGGUCCUGGCUGGAGCCGGGGCUCUGGUCUUCUGCGGCUUCAUCAUCUACGACACCCACCUGCUGAUGAAGCAGCUCUCCCCCGAGGAGCAUAUCUUGGCCUCCAUCAACCUCUACCUGGACAUCGUGAACCUCUUCCUGCACAUCCUGCGUGUCCUUGACUCUAUGAAGAAGCACUGAAAGCUGCAGCACCACUUGAACCUGCUUCUCUGAGCUCCAACAGCUUACUGUCAAUCCUAACAGCCUCACAGAUAUACCUGUGAUGUGAUUACCCAGUGUUCAUGUGAGUUUUACUGUCCUGAAGUCCUGAAUGAGAUUUUAGAGUGAACUCCUUCCAAAUAGCUGCAUCACACGCUUCUUUUUAUUUCACCAAACUACUUCUACUACUUGUUACUGAUUGUACUUUCGUAUUGAGUUGAAGAGAUCUAUAUUAGUGAAAUCAGUAUAUGUUAUGAUGAUAGUAAUGUUAUGAGACAGUUCAGUGACUAAUACAUACACUGCCUGAUUUGAUAUACUAGCACCCCCCAGAGCUCAACUUGUUGUUUGCUGUCCCUUUUCCCUUUUUCAAAGUAUUUUUUCACUCUUUCAGAGUGUUUCUGAUCUAUGAUUCUACUAAUUUAUUGUUAGUGAACUGAACUUUUGCUUAAUGUUUUCAAUCUUGUCAAAAAAGAGAAGUUUAUAUUCCACCAGUGUGCUGCCCUUCUGCAGACUGCUGCACCCCUCUCAUGUCUCACAUUUAAAAAUGUUGUGCAAUAGCAAGGUGAUUAUACAUUGUACAUUCACUUUACUGAAGCGCAUGCCUGGGUUUAUUAAUAUCUGUGAUUGUAGAUAAUUUAUGGUGGAAAUGUAACCGUGAAGUUUUUUGGGAUCAGGAGCUAAACUCUGUGAAUAAUGUUAAGUACAUUGAAUGUAAAGGUAUUUAAUAAAUGCUACGUGAUUCUAA